UGCAUUGCACACUGUGAACAGAGUUUGAAGUUAUGGAAUGACAUAACUAAGUAACCUAAAAAGUUUAUUACUUUAUUGAGUGUGAAUCGCAAUCUAAUAUUAAUGUAAAAAGUAUCUGUUAAAAGAUCAUUUCAAUAAAUAUUAAAUCAUAUUCAUGAUCUAAUAUUUUAUACAUACAUUACAAUGUCGUCUCUUUUACGAUCAACCAAAUUUGUCCGAUACUUUACUGGUGCGGCAAGAACAUUGAUAAUAAAUUCGUCUAAAACUACAGAUGUAAAUUUAUUAAUAAAUUCAAAAGCUCUAAGUGCAGCAAACAAUGUAUUAUUACGAGAUUAUGCUACAAAAAAGAAAGAAAGUCUCGAGCCGUUGCUUCAAAAGUUAGAUUCAGAAGUUAGACGGUAUGGACGAAUUACAAAGAGGGAUAUUGAUGAAGUAUUUGAUGAGCUCCGAGCGAAGAAUGAUAUCACCAGUUCACAGUCACUAUUAGUUAUUAGAUGUUGUGGAGAACUUGUACCUGAGGAAUUACCGGAACAGAGGACACUAUUAGUACAGAAAAUAUGGAAUGUAUUAAUAGAGAGAGGAGUGCCUAUGGAUGUAUCACAUUAUAAUGCAUUGUUGAGAGUCUACAUUGAAAAUGAACAUCCUUUCUCUCCGGCUCAAUUCCUAGAAGAAAUGGAAAAAAAAGGACUGCAACCAAAUAGGGUCACAUAUCAGCGUCUUAUGUGGCGUUAUUGUCAAGAGGGUGAUGUAGAAGGUGCAACCCGAGUACUUGAAAAAAUGCGAGAGUUAAAUAUGCCAGUAUCAGAACCAGUUUUAAACGCUUUAGUCAUGGGUCAUGCUUUCCAUGGUGAUACAGAAGGAGCAAAAGCUGUAUUAGAAACAAUGGCAGGAGCGGGUCUGAAGCCAUCUAAUCGUACAUAUGCUUUGUUAGCAUGUGGCUAUGCAAAACAAGGUGAUAUAACAGGUGUUGAGAAUGUUAUUACAAAAGCACAAAAUGAGGAUAAUGAAUUAACCGAUAAAGAUUUAUUGGAUAUUGUAGAACAAUUAGCUCUUGGUGGUCAUAAAGAUAAGAUAGAUCAGAUCUUUCCACAUCUACAUAAAGGUAUAGGAUAUAAUCAGGAAGUGUGCAAUCUUAUUUUUAAGCUUCUUAAUAAAGAUCAAGAAGAAGUGGCCAAGGAAAUGAUGAGAACAAUGCCAAAAACAACUUCAGUAGAUGAUACUAAGUUUAAAGGAGCAUUCUUUGUAAAACACUUAUUGAAAUUAAAUAAACCCAUGGAAACAAUAAUUCAAUCAUGCAGAAAUUUACAAAGUGAAGGUCUCGUACCAAGUGCCAUAUAUAUAGCAACUGAAGCAGCUUUACAGCAAGGACGGUCAGAGUUGGCCCAAAAACUAUUCAAAGAACUUCAAAAGGAUGGCAUGGAAAUCCGUCAACACUUUUACUGGCCACUUCUAACCCAGAAAGGAAAAGAACGAGAUGAAGAAGGUCUUUUACAAAUUGUACGCAAUAUGACCAAUGAAGGAUUAGUACCUACUGGAGAAGCACUCAGAGAUUAUGUCAUCCCAUUCCUUAUUGAAAAAGAUACACCUCAAAAUAUUAUAGUAAAACUUCAAGUCGCAAAUGUACCAGUUAUUCUUAGUGCAAGAAAUGUAAUGAUAGAACUUCUGGAGUCAGGAGAUAUCAAGUCAGCAGUUGAAAUAGCUCUCACUUAUCACCCCAGAGGCCAGUACUCAUUAAUUUCAAGACCAUUAUUGAGUGCAUUAAAUAAAACCAAGGACAUAAAAUCUUUUGUAAACAUACUUCAUGUUACCAGUAGCAGUACCCAGACUCCCCAAGAAGAUGUUUCAAAUGAUGACGUAUCUGGUGAUGACAAUGUUGAUUGCAAUGAAAUUGGUCGCUUAGUUAAAAAUGCAGUUAAAAUUGUAGCUAAAGAUAAUUUAACUGAAGAACUCUUAACAACAGUUUUGGGCAAAGGUCUAAGGAUAAGUACAACAUCCGCAGAAGAAAUAGAACAAUAUCUGGGCAAAAAUAUGACAACAAAAAUUUCAGAAUUGCUUUCGCUCUUAACAUCACCUGACUUAGAAAUGGCGCCUGUUGAAUUUCUUGCUCGUCGUAAUCAAGCUCCACGUACUGCAGCACAACUAGAAACACUCUUAGGACAAGUUAUAAACAAAGAUGGAAAUAACAUAAAUCGCUUAAGAAAACAGGUGAUUAAUGCAUAUAUGAAAGAAAAAAACAUUGAAAAAGUCAAUAGCUUAGCAGAAGAGCUAAAAUCUUUACCAGACUUUGACUUAAACCUAUCAACACUAGCACAACUAUUUGAAUUUUACUGCGAAAAUGAUGAAAUUGAUAGAGCUGAACAUGUGAAGACUGAGAUCAUUGUUAAAGAUCCAGAAUUUGUAUUAAAUAAAUAUAAGAAAGUGUUGAUGGCUUGUGCUUAUGUUCGUGCAAAUAGAUUUGAAGAAGCAAUUAAGUUUUUGCAGGAUAAUAAAACAUCAGGUGAAACUGAGCCUUCAAGUUUUCUAAUUAAUUCUAAAUCCUGGCAAAUGUUGAACACUUUGGCUGAAUCAAAAGAUGUAGCAAAGGUGAAGGAGAUGACAAAAGUAUUAAUAGAAAAUGAAUAUAUUGCACCUAAUAAUAUUAUCCUUGGACCAUCAAUCAAAGUACAUUUAUUAAACAAUGAUAUAGAAGGAGCAUUGAAUGAGUUUGAAAAUUGUUGUAAGCAAUAUAGAAGUACCCCAUGGAAAGGCGAAUUAAUGAAAGCUCUUAUUAUGAAAGAAGAUGCAACCAAAUUGCAGUGGCUUGCUGAUCUUAGUACACAGAUUCAUGGUGAAGUGAACAUCCUCCAUGACUUAGUACUAGCUUUCGUUGAAUGUGGACGCUUACGCCAAGCGCGGCGCAUUUUGGAAACUCCUGGACUGCAAACAAGACAAAAACGUCUUAAUGAUGCAUGCCAGCGAUAUGUUGAGGAUGGUAAAUCUGAAUAUCUUGAAGGACUACUAGAAGCAACAAAAGAGCUUUCGCACAUUGAUCGCUCAAAUAUCUUCUAUCAUUUAUUGGUAACUUAUUGCAAAGCCAAUGAAACUGACAAAGCAUUGGGCCUUUGGACGGUACUUCAAGAAGAGGGAGAAAUUCCAAGUGAAGAAUUUCUAAGCUACCUGGGUAACCACCUAAAAUCUAAUAAUAGAGACAUUCCAUUCGUAAUGCCUAGUACAGGUGUGCAAGCUGAACCAAAAAAAAAGGAUACUGUAUCACAAAAGAUCACCACUCAAAAUAGCCAGAAAGAACCAGCAAAAAUAACAAAGAGUGAGAUCUCUAAUCAAAUUGAAACUUUAACUAAAGAAGGAAACACCGCACAAGCAAUGGAUCUUACUCUUAAUCAUAUAAAAGAAGGAGUUAUGCCAAAGUCAAAUGUUCUUAAGUUUCUCUUGAAAUCUCUAGCAGAAGAAGGUAAUGUUGAGAAGAUAAAGCCUUUGGGAACUCAUCUUAGCGAUACCAUGAAGCGGACUGUGACAUAUGAUGAUAAAUUAACACUAGCUACCUUUAAUAGUGGAAAUGGUGCAAGUCAUAUGGAUAAUGUUUUGAAUAUGUUAGAAACAGCUAACACUAAAGAGGAAGUAGAAAGUGCUCUUAGAAAAUUCCCCCGAAGUAGUGCUCUAGCUUCAGCUGUACAGGAUAGUGAAAUAGUUGCUAAGUGUCAUAAAAUUGUGGAGCUGGCUGCUUCCAAAGGUUAUAUUAUACCUGUAAACUUAUUAUGGAUAGAAUACUUAUUGGCUGGAAAGGAUAAAGAAGCCGAUUCUUUAUGGCAAAAGUAUUUGAACAAGUCACCUGUCAUAGUUUUCAGGCGAUUACUUCAAGAAUGUCACAUGAAGAAACAACCACAAGUUAUAGAGAAAAUGAUCGAAAUAUUAAGAACAAAUAAAGAUCUUUCCUUAACAUCCCUUGGUAAUGCAUACUCUAGACUGAUUAAUUUCUAUAUAUCAGAAAAUAAGAUUGAUAGUGCAAAAGCAACUCUAACUCGGGCUAUCGAAAAUGGUAUUACAAAUGAACAUCUUAAUCAAUCAACUAUCAGAAAAUUAAAAGAAAAUCUGGAAAGUGCUGGACAGAAAUUUGACUUUUCAAUAUAGUUUUUUGAAAAUUUUGUAUAGUAACUUUAGUAUAUAAUAAAAAAAGAAUUAUUCAUACACUUUAAAAUUAAACAUGGAAAAUAUGUCUACUCAUUUAAAUACUAAUAACAACAGCCAAAAUUACCUUCUUUUAUUAAUGUUUAUAUUACUUUAUUAUAAAACGCCAUGUGUGUACUAAGGUUUACAACUGUUUCUUUAAAUUUUAGUCUUAGAUUAUUUAUAUUUCUAGAUAAAGUGUCGCACUAUACAAGAGCUAAAACAAAAACUUUUUUCGACACGAGCUUCGACUGUAUCUAGACAUAAAUAAUCAAAGAUUUUCGUUUUAAAUUUUAAGUAUGUAUGUCAAACAAAAGAAAAAGAAUGUGUUUUGCUGAAAUUAGAAUAAGAUCCCUUGUUAAUUGAGUAUUGUAUGACGAUUUAGAAAAUAAAUUAAAUUUAAUAAAUUAUUAGUUAAUGAA